AUGGGGGCAAAUGUCUUUGCAGUGCAGGUUUUUUUCAUCGUUUUCCGCGAGUGCCUCGAAGCCUCCAUCAUCAUCUCAGUGCUCCUCUCCUUCCUCAAGCAGAGUCUCGGCGAACCACACCAAGACCAUGCAUUAUAUAAACGACUGGUUCGCCAGGUGUGGUACGGCUCAUUUUCAGGCAUACUCAUUUGUCUGAUUAUCGGCGGCGCCUUCGUCGGUGUCUUUUAUGGGUUGGGCCAUAAUAUUUGGGCCAAGGCAGAGCAGUUAUGGGAAGGCAUAUUCUAUCUAAUUGCCUGCAUUAUUGUGACUGCAAUGGGUUUGGCUCUUUUGCGAAUCAAUAAAACCAAGGAGCAGUGGCGUAUCAAGAUCGCGAAGACCUUGGUCGAGAAAAACAAAAACUCAAAGAAGUCGAAGCUAUUCGGAGACUGGGCCCGUCGUUAUGCCAUGUUCUUGCUUCCAUUUAUCACCACUUUGCGUGAAGGUGUUGAGGGUGUUGUUUUCGUUGCUGGUGUCUCUCUGGGAUACCCAGCGACUGCCUUCCCAUUGCCCGUCGUGACUGGAAUUAUCGCGGGCUUGGGGUGCGGAUAUCUGAUCUACCGUGGUGGUAAUGCCAUGUCCAUUCAGCUUUUCCUGAUCGCCUCAACAUGUAUACUUUACCUGAUUGCUGCGGGAAUGUUCUCCAAGGUCGUUUGGGAUCUUCAGUACUACCGCUUCCAACUCGCCGUCGGAGCAGACGUUAGCGAGCAAGGCAGUGGGCCAGGCUCAUACAAUAUUAAAGAGACUGUCUGGCAUGUUAAUUGCUGCAAUGCAGAGACUGACAAUGGCUGGGAUGUGUUCAAUGCCAUUUUGGGCUGGGAGAACACGGGUACUUACGGAUCUGUCAUUGCAUACAUCGUCUACUGGAUCUUCAUCAUGGUUACCGUCGGGUACAUGCUCUGGGAGGAACGGUCGGGCAAGCGUACCCUGCGUGAACGUAUCCUUAUGGCAUUGGCCAAGGUCCCUGGUCUGAAGGGUUAUGCCAGGAGGAAACUCGAUGUGAUUCAACAGAACCCAGAUGAUAUUGUGCGCCAGGUCCACAGUGGCAUGUUUAAUGACGGUGUGGUGGAGCAGACCGUGGAAAUGAAUUCAUGUGCAUGCCAAUCAAUGUCGUGUUCCGAGCACUUUGAUGGCUGCUUCCCGGUCACUGCUCUAAAGGAAAUCCAUCUGAGCUCAUCAAGAUAUCUUCUCAAGGGCCAAGGACCAUUCGUCUCAGUCAUUGAUGUCGAAAGCGGAGAAUCUAUCCAUAAGCUCAAAAUUUUCAAACGGAACAAUGUCCACGGUUUCAUGACUGAUGAGCAACGAUGCCAGGAGCAGGAUAAGAUUACUGUGCUUGCAUGGGGAGGAUCCUCUUUACGGUUCAUCCACAUCCUUGGGCAAGGGGAGGAUCCCCGAGUUCGUAUUGUUUGUGGGACGCUUGAACAUGCUGCUCCUGACUGGAUAUAUGAUAUAUGUUCAGCACUCGUUGAUGAUGGUCCGAACUUUGCGUACUUGAUUACGGGGCACAACUCAGUGUUGAGUGUCAGUUUGAAAAGAGUCACUGAUUCAAAAUACCCUAACGCCGUACAACUAAGACACUUGGUUAAUGGUGUCCAGUCUACACUCUACUCUGCAAAUAUUGUGGCUCUGUCGUCUUCGCAUAUCCUCAUUGCAGCCGGGACUGUCUUUGGUGAAAUUAUUGUCUGGUCGUGCUUCAAAAGUGAUAGUACGGAUGGAAAUGCGACUACAUUUUCCUCUUCAAUCCAUCAUUUCUUUACCGGGCACGAUGGGUCAAUAUUUGGAGUUGGCAUUUCCGACGAACUACGGUUUACUAUAGCCGGGAAGGAGCAACAAAUACGACUUCUCGCUAGUUGCAGUGAUGAUCGUACUGUGAGAAUAUGGGAUAUCUCAGAUUGUACCCAUGCUACCUCGGCAGAUCGCGCGGCAUAUGUUACCGAUGGUUUUGACUUGCGAAGUACAGGCUUUGGAAUUACUGCCCCUAAACGAAUAUCGACUGGCUCUGAAUCUGCUGUUGCCAAGGGCUGGGGCCAUUCCUCCCGUGUAUGGGGGGUCUACUUUCUUCCUGCCAGGGGAGACCAUACACGUAUUGUCAAUCUUGUCUCAAGAGGGGAGGAUGCUACGAGUCGCCUGUGGCGGUUGGAUUUGACGUUUUCGACAUCGAAGGAUGGGGUUGAAUAUGAGUUGAGGAAUAUCUCGACCUUGGGCCAUCAUGCCGGAAAGCAUAUCUGGUCAUUAGCCUUGUCUAAAGGAGAUGACGAUACGCAAGUAGUAUAUACUGGCGGAAAUGAUGGUGCAGUCAGGAUGUACAAGUUGACUUAUAACGGAGGAAACGACGUCUCACCUUACAUUCCCAAAAUUUUGUUGAAAGCUGCAUAUUCAAAAGUUGAGAUUGAUGGUCUCAUGCCUCGAGUGUUCGGGUUUGUGUCGAAGGAUAGUGUUGCUGUGGUUUAUACGACUGGCCUCGUACAGUUAGGCACUUUUACUACCUUUGCUCCUCUCAGUAAUAAACCGCAGAUGCGCUGGGAAACAUUGUCUACGGAAGAGGACUUGCGCUCUUUUGCUACGAUAUCUUCUCUCUCGAGCUAUGGUCUUGCCAUCAUUGGUGGCUCUUCUGGGAGAUUGCGUCUAUACGAUCAAACAACCAGGCAAAUGACAGAUUUGAUCAAAGUUCCUCGUCGGCCCUUGAAAAUUGUGAUGUUGGAUGCAGUGACAAAUGGCGUGUCAGGAUCUCCUCGAAAUUUCAGAUUCCUUGUGGGGUAUCCCCACUCAGAAGAAGCGCACUUAUUCAGUGUCGAAAUCAAAGGCGAGCGCUAUGAUGUGAAACAGACAAAUCUGAUAUUGCCUCCAGCACUUAGAAUAUACUCAGGAUCCAUUAUCGGCGGGGGCAAAUGCCUUGCUAUUGGAGGUAAGGAUGGCCAGCUUUUGCUGUACACUUUAGAUCCCACAAAAGGGAGACUGGAGUACUCGUUUGUGAAGUGGCGAGCUCAUGGGAGAGAAACUGUGAACUUUAUCAAUUCUAUAGAUGAUGAUAAAAACUCCGAUACGGAAUACUUUCUGACCGGGGGUGGAGAUUGCCAUUAUUGCGUCUAUCGGUUACACAGGCAGUCUGAUGCAGAGAAUGCCUAUGGCUUACAACAGAUCCACCGUUCAUCGGCUCCAUUAUCGCAGAUUAAAGGCGCUUAUUUCGACGAAAAAACAGGGCAGUUUAUUCUUUAUGGUUUCCGAGACGUUUCUCUAAUUCUGUGGAAUGAGACUACCCAGACCGAAAUCAUAACACUUGAUUGUGGUGGUGUUAACCGAGUCUGGCAAUUCAUGCCAGAUCCUAGUACACAAGGAGCGGGCACGAUAGUCUGGAAUCAAGCACGAUCAUUGCACGCAGUUGUUGCGGAUACCGUUGUACAUCACUCACUGCAACUGGGCAGUCAUGGGCGCGAACAAAAGACUUUAGCAGUAACUAAAGCAGGAAUCCAAAAUGGAGAUCAAACGCUUCCACUCAUAGCUAGCGGGGGAGAAGAUACAUUGAUUCGUAUAUCGGUUCCAUCUCGGGUGUCAAAAGGAGAGAGCAGCACAUGGAACGCUGCGCAAUGUUUGCGUAUCCUGAGCGGUCACGUUAGUGGUUUACAGCAAAUCAAAUGGUCAGAUGACGGUCGCUUUUUGUUUUCCAGCGCCGGAGGAGAGGGGUUCAUGGCGUGGAGAAUUCGUUCUGCGCCCAAAUUCGGUCUUGCAGUUUUAAUGGAAGCUGCAAUCCCGCGAGAGGAGACGGAAGUAGAGCUUCGCGUUACUAGUUUUGACGUGCUUCGUAUGAAGUCAUCGGUCGAUGAGGAUAAGUUUCUGCUGGCUCUUGUAUACUCCAAUUCUACUGUGAAGGUAUUCUCAUAUACAAGUUCGAUGGACUCGCACACUUAUGAGCUUCUUGGGAAAGGAACGUACUCGACGAAUUGUCUGACAGAAGUUCAUUUCAUGGUUCAAGAAUCGAGAAUUUUUCUGGUCACAGGAGCCACUGAUGGAUAUCUUGCUUUCUGGCCGGUGGACUGGAUCACGCACGAAGGAUGCUAUCAGUUCUCGGUAAACACGACAUUCAUUGUCAACACAUUGAAAUGGGAACUACAUCAUGCCAUUCACGCUAGCAGUAUCAAGGCCUUGGAGAAUGGCGAAGUCUAUCCGGGGUAUCAAGUACUCGUCAGCGGCGGCGAUGAUAAUUCUCUGUCCAUCACGCUGGUCGACCUGAAUGGCGGUGUCCGCGUCGUCAGCAGUGUACGUAUUGUUAACGCGCAUGCAUCGGCCAUAACAGCAGUCAAGAUUUUGAGUACUCGCACAGAUACAACUGCGACGUUAAAGAUUGCAUCGUCAGCAAACGACCAGCGGAUCAAAUUGUGGUCGGUAAUUAUUGACUUGGUGAAGGAGACAAGUCAAGAGCAAGUGAUUAGUGUCACGUUGGAAUCGGACCGAUACUGUCCUGUAGCAGAUAUUGCGGCGAUGGAUGAUAUGGAGAUUGCUGAUAAUGCGACAGGCACUACAGAGAAAUUAUUGGUUCUCGGUGGUGUUGGGAUGGAGAUGGUGCGCUGGUCUGAUUGAAAUGUUUCUUGCUGCCUCAGGCACUCAUCAGUAUCUAAGCUAACCACAAAUGGUAAGAGCAAUGAACAUCGUCAAAUGUUCCAGAAGGGGAAUGUCGCCGAUGACGAGAAAAGGUCUUCUGCUGCAUACAUUCUCCCUUCGAAAUGCCUAGAUUGGACAAUCAUUAUUGACUG